CUUUUCUGAUCGUACCUCUCGAAAGAACCAGAAGUGGCGGCGGGUUUUUGUUCAUCGAUGCAGCCAUCAUUAGACGGACACUGCAACACUAUAUUGGACAACAUGCGGGAAGCGGUAUCCGUACACCGUGAAACAACCUGAGGAAACUCAUUCCGCUCUGAGGAUCAUUUACAACACCGUCCCGUCGUCAAGAUCAACAUGGGCAACACACCUUGAAUUCUUCUGCUCGGAUAUACUCUCUACGCCCGCCCCAGAGUCUGAAGAUACCGUCGUGUCUUGAAGGAGGUAAAGCUUUGCAGCGCAAAUUUGCAAAAACAAUGCUACCCACGCCCUCGACCUCUCACGUAUCCUACGACACUAUCUACGAGCCGGCCGAGGACUCGUACCUAUUCCUUGAUUCGCUCUCCUCGUCUUCAGAGACAAGCUGGCUUCAUUCUCGAUUCUCCUCACCACCUGCUCCUUUCCUAGCCGAACUCGGCCCCGGCUCAGGCGUGAUAAUCGCCUUCCUGACCGCCCACGCCCGGACCAUCUUCGGCACCGACAUUCUCAGUCUGGGCGUCGACGUCAAUUCGCACGCAUGCUUAGCGACGCGAACCACUGCAGAGACGGCCCUCGUCGAAAACAGGAGCGGGGGCGUCUAUCUCUCUUCCUUGACCGGUGACCUCACCACGCCCCUACGGCCACGGGAGGUUGACAUUCUGGUCUUCAAUCCGCCCUAUGUGCCUACCGACAGUGUCCCCGCCUUUCCAGCCAAAAGCCACGCAACGGGAAAAGUCACGUUCGAAGAAUCUUCACAUCUGCUGUCGCUAUCCUACGCUGGAGGGACGGACGGCAUGGAAGUCACCAAGCGGCUGCUGGCCCAGAUCCCUGAUAUUCUCAGUCAGCGAGGCGUGGCGUACGUCUUAUUCUGUCGCGGUAACAAGCCCGAGGAGGUCAAGGCUUGCAUCGGGAAUUGGGCAGCUAGUGAGGAGUGGAAUUGGUGCGCUGAGACGGUGGGAACAAGUGGCAAGAGGGCUGGCUGGGAGAAAUUGGAGAUCGUGAGAAUAUGGAGGGCACGAAUUGAUGGAAGUUGAAUUGACGUCCGGAAUAUAGCGCGAGAACCAUACCACGCCAUAUAAGGCGGAUCAGGUUCAGUCGCAGAAUCUUAUUCAUCGUCCAAG